AUGUCUACCCAGCAGCAACUAGGAGAGCGGUGGCAAGAGCUGGUCGACCGUGUAGGUUUGUUACACCAGGUAGUGGUUACGGCGCGGGGGUUUGCCUUGCACCGACAAAGCCAGGUCCUGGAAGGCGAAUUGUUCCAGCCCCAUGGGAGAGUAAGUGAUGUUUGCUGGCUCAGAGCGAACAUCCUGUUUGCAGAGGCAGACAACGAGCACGUGCGGAAGUCCAUACGAGCCUGUACUGCCUUACGAGAUCACCCGGGAUACUGCCCGGGCUGCGACAUCGCGAUUCAUGUCGAGAAUAUGAUCCGACACGCCGACUACACUCUGGUCAUGAACCAGGCCAGGUGUGAGGUUCUUGGGACCAUGCUUGAGAGUAGGCUUCAGGCCAGGAAAGUUUCGGAGAGAGCCGUGUUGCAGAAGGCACAGGAGAUAGUCAUGCUGAUUGAGUAUCGCUACUUUGUAGAAAAAGGUAUGUGCCUCAAUGACCUGGAUAUCCGCACUCAUGUGAAUGCGGUAGCACAGAGGCAUGCUCGACUCGUCAAACAACACGGAAUACCUCAAGCCACAGUGGAAGUUCUCACGCUUGAGGGGCUGGAAAAGAGAUUCAUGAAGCUCAACAACAAAAUGGAAGAGUACGAGAUCAAUAAAGCUAACAAAUGUUUUCAUCUGGGCCCUGACUACGAACAGGAACUAACCGUCAGCAGGAACAAUAUCCCUUUGGCAAAUGUGUACUUCAACUUGCUGCAGGUAUUGGUCGAGGCGCGCGAGCGGUACCUCACUGGUAUGGCGGCAGAUAACUGUCGAACAGAUGACCGACCCCCCGAAUGGCGCUGCAUUCGGGACCUCGAAGAAACUCUCGAGGGUGUGGAGCGCUCCAUGGAUCAUAAUAAUCCUAGCCGUCUGCCACAUUGA